AUGAAGAGACAGCUGACAACUCGCUCUCUUUCUCUAGCACCCUCUCCUGAUCAUAUGGUCCCUCAUCUUCACCUCUAUCCAACUGUUCUCCUCUUUUCCCUACUUUCAUUCAUACCCUUUUUCCCUGACGCAACAAGGAAACUGACGAAGUAUCCAAAAGAAGACCGGACAAAAGGAUGCGUCUUCUGCGGAGACGGUCAUUUCGCUGACAGAUGCCCAAUCAAGGAGACGCCUCUUAUACUCAAUUCCUCGAUCGACGAUCGGAGAGACGAUGACGAACGACGUUCCAGAGUAAAUGCAUCCCCCGACGACCAAUCUUCAAGACGAUCCACCUCGACAAGACGCUCACGCUCACCAUCAACGCAACGAUCAGCUACGCCACAGAAGUCCAGCUCGACAAGACGAUCUUCUUCAUCGGAACAUUCUUCGGAAAAUUCGUCACCGGAAAGAAGUAGACCAACGGCACCACCCUCACCGAAGAGACCACGCUCGAGACAAUCAACACCGGGCUCUCCAGAGCCAAAGAGAAGGAAAUCUCCAGACGAAUAUUUCACCAGACGAGACGAUGGACCAAGCACCAGCCGGGGCUACGACGAGCCCAGACGCCGUCAAGAUUCCAACAACGGAGAAGACUCUGACAACGGAGAAGGAUCGGACAACUCAAAGGAUUCGGAUCCAGAAGAAGAAUCAGGAGACGAGGAAUCCGAACAAGCUCCAGAUUACAAAGAGGACAACGAAUCUAUUCAGCCGAUCGAAAUCGAGGUUGAAGUUCUCUUUGGAGAAGACGACGGAUCAAAUGCUCAAGAAGAAGAAGAAGACAUUGCCAUCGUCAUUCCACCCCCAGAAGCUGAAAGAUGCUCCAAGAUGAGAAUGCUGGCCAAAUACCCAAAAGAAGACAUGACAAAGGGAUGCGUCUUCUGCGGAGACGGUCAUUUCGCCGACAGAUGCCCAGUAUUCCCGACGGCGGAGGCACGGAGACAGUUCCUGAACAAUCAGGAUUAUUGUAAGAGGUGCCUCCACCGUAGGGGGACUGGGAUCCAUUCGUGCAAUGACAAAAGGAAAUGCUACUACUGCCAUUCUAGUUCACACAAUUCGGCCGUAUGCAGUAUUCCAAAGUCCUUGACAGACCAUCGUCAACUCAGAUCCAGCGGAUACUCCCGUGGAGGAAGGCAACCAUCUCCAGAUGUUAAGAUACUAGAAUAUCCCGAUCCUGGAGAACAGUACGAGCACCUCCAGCGGAAACGGGACAACAGGGACAACAUGGACAUCCGACGUGGAUACAACCAAGAUCGUCGUACAAAGGAGGACAAGGAUCAACGUCGCCGCGACCAACGAGAUCGUCACCCAACAGAGGACAAAGAUCGGCGUCACCAAGAUCAUCGAGAUCGUCGCACCAAUGAGGACAAGGAUCAAAGCUAUCAAUCCGGAGAACCUUCAGCUAAAAGAAGGGGACAAUAA